CGGGUGCCGCGGCGUGGGGCCAGACACCCGCCUCGGGGUGGCGGGGCGGCCUCCGACUGCUUUUUCUUCAAGGAGAAGAAAAUUCCUUUUUAUCGGCCUGAGACAGCCGGGGGGCAGAGGCGAGCUUUUGGCACGCACGUCCUUUAUACCCAGCCUGUGAAAACUCAUUUUCUAAGUGUUGGCUAUCAAGCGAAACUUGUGGGUGAAACAACACGUUCCCCGCGUUCAGGCCCGUUUGUAUACCUGCCUGCGCGUGCGGGUGUACGUUUUUGUGGAAUGGUGUAAGAGGAUAAUCUGCCAACUGUAUUACUUUUCAAGAAAUUCAAGCUUCUGUGGUAUUUUGUUGUGUAUGAAUGCGUGCCCCUUGUACUCUGAAGUAUUUUUGCUCAUCUAGUUGUCUCUCCUGUUGAAGAGUUUACCUGAAGCAAAAAUAAACGUGAACUCAAUUGUUAUACUGAAACGUGGUGUUAAUGUAGCUUCAGAAACUUGGCUUAAAAAAGCCUCAUUAAAGCAUUGAAGAUGCACAUGCUCCUAUUUCUUAUAAUUGUGGGUGAUGAUGAUGGAGGAAAGCUCUUUACCCCUGAGGAAUAUGAAGAAUACAAAAGAAAAGUAUUACCAAUUCGGUUAAAGAACAGGUUGUAUGUGAGCUGGAGAUCACCAACUGGCAUGGACUGUAAACUUGUGGGUCCAGAGACACAGUGCUUUUGUACUCAUCGAUAUAAACAACACAAAACGGACUAUGAAGUGAUUCCAAAAGAUCGUCCUAUUUGUGCGCCUUGUAGAGUAAACUGUUGUCAGUGCCAGUCCUAUCACUAUGUUGCUCAAAAUGGCACACAGCCCAUUCGUUGUAGAUGCAAACAUUUUGAUGAUCAGCACAGUGCAGCGCCUGGAUUUUCAUGUAACUCUUGUUCCAAGUGCUCAGGAUUUCAUAGCUGCUUUACCUGUGGAUGUGGUCAGCCAACAUAUGGUCAUGAAACAGUAGUGGAAACUAAAGAAGAGCGGUUAGCCCAAGGAAGGCCUGUGGGGCAGGAUGUACCUUAUGCUGCUAUGGGAGGAUUGACUGGUUUUAGUUCACUAGCAGAAGGCUACAUGAGACUUGAUGACAGUGGAAUAGGGGCUCCUUCCACUGAAUUUUUAGAAUCUCCUCUUACCAACAUGGAUCAUCCAUUUCUAAAAGCAUUUCAAGGACCUACUUCUGCUCAAACCAGCUCACCGAUAACAGGUGGUUCUAAUGCUACAAUGCAAGUUCCUCAUGAAAGGCAUUCAGAAGAUGAUGACAUGGCUUAUUUUGAAAAACGUUAUCAGGAAAGGCUGAAAAAAGAGAAGGCUGCUAAACAGAAAGAGAAAAGUCCAGUGCAAUCAAAGAAGCCAUGAGAUUAAUGAAAAGAGAAGUUGUGAACUUUGAACACAGAACAAAGAAAAACAGCACGCAACAAAGAAGUUAUCAGUUCAUCUGUAUGAUUUAUGUGCGGGCAUGUAUCUGUCAUUCAGCUAGACACAUUAACUAUUUCUGACUGUAAUCCAAAGGGCUCUGGCACGUGAGAGAUGGUGUGUUGUGUAAUUGUGUAAGUCUUAGGCAACGCUUAUGUCCUUUUCAUUUUAAAAUAGUUGGCUUUCAUAUAAAUAUUUUGCUACUAUUACAUGCAUUGUGUGUGGAACACCAUUAUUUUACUAAUUUUAAUCAUCCUAUGAAAGGGCGUAUAUGUAAUGUGGCUAUUUACAUUAGAGAACUGAUGAUUAAUCCUGAGUGAAGGGUAAGGGGUUCAUUCUGAUUCUGUGCUUCUGUGAUACUAAAUAUAAAAUGCAUGCGUCUCUGUCUCUUUCUCAGGUUUGGAAGGAAGGGGAAUGUGUGAAUUCACACGUAGUAACGGUAUCAGUUCAGAAUUACUUUGUCAAGUUGUCAGUGUCUUUAAAGCAUGUUACGCAUAUUGAAAGGUUUGCAGGUCUUUAGUUUGUAGUGGUAUUUUUGUUAUAGCCAUUGUGGUCAAGGAAAUAGACAGUAGGUAAUAAUGUUUUUAUUAGCUAUCAGAUAUAACUGAAAAAAAUAAACAAGUUUUCCAGUCUAAAAGACUUUA